UUUGGAGAGAGAGAGAGAGAAUCUAAAGUGAGUGAAGGCAACACUCUAACUUCCCUCCCUUUAAAGCAACCAAGAACCCUCUCUCUUCUCUCAACACAUCCUCAUUUACCUUCUAUUCUAUUCUAAUGAAGAACUAAACACCAUUUUUUGUCUCUCAAUUGUUUUGGGAAAAUGAGUAUCAAACUUGUCAUGAUUUCUCUAGUUGUAACUUCCAUUAUCUUCUCUCUUUUCUAUAUUCCCACUAUUUUAACAAUACCCGUCACCACUUUCAGGCCUAAUGUUGUUAUGAAUCAGUAUUUCAACUUGAAGGACUCCGACAACACUAGUUGGGCGCCAUAUCCAGUGACCUUCGCUUACUUGAUCUCGGCCACGAAAGGUGAUUUGGGCAGACUAAAGCGAUUAUUACACGCUCUGUACCAUCCGGGUAACUACUAUUUGAUUCAUAUGGACUAUGGAGCGCCACGGAGCGAGCACAGAGACCUGGCUGAGUUCAUAAGCGAACACCCUGUUUUUAGCCAAGUGGGUAAUGUUUGGAUUGUUGGAAACUCCAACUUGGUGACUUACAGAGGACCCACUAUGCUUUCGACCACGCUUCAUGCAAUGUCAAUCCUUUUGAGGGUUUCUAAGUGGGAUUGGUUCAUCAAUCUCAGUGCUUCUGACUACCCCUUGGUCUCUCAAGAUGAUCUGAUCCAUGCAUUUUCGGAGUUGCCCAGUAGAGAUCUCAAUUUCAUACAGCACUCCAGCCGAUUAGGUUGGAAACUGAACAAGAGAGGAAAACCAAUCAUAAUUGACCCGGGACUCUACAGCCUUAAUAAAUCAGAGAUCUGGUGGGUUAUUAGACAGAGAGCUCUCCCAACUGCAUUCAAGCUCUACACAGGUUCAGCUUGGACAAUCAUAUCAAGAUCCUUUGCCGAGUAUUGCAUAGUGGGGUGGGACAAUCUACCAAGGACUCUCCUCCUAUACUACACCAACGUUGUGUCUUCCCCCGAGGGCUACUUCCAGACCGUCAUAUGCAACGACGAGAACUACAAGAACACCACAGUCAAUCAUGAUCUUCACUACAUUAGUUGGGACACACCUCCUAAGCAACAUCCCAGGUCCUUGGGACUCAGAGACUAUAGAAAGAUGGUUCUCAGCAAUCGCCCCUUUGCCAGAAAAUUCAAGAAGAAUGAUCAGGUUCUCAACAAGAUUGAUCGCGAGCUUCUGAAGAGACGCCGUGGAGAGUUCAGUUAUGGCGGAUGGUGCUCUGGGACCAGGAGAAUGCGCAGCUCGUGCUCCACUUUGCAGAGUGACAAGUUUGGUGUGCUGAAGCCGGGACCAGGUUCCAGAAAGUUAAAAACCUUGUUGUCAAGAUUAGUAUCUUCCAGGAGUUUCCAAAAGCAACAAUGCAGAUAGAUUCUUUUGUACCACAUAUAGAACAAUAAGAUUGCCAAGCAGCUUUUAGUUUUUGGAAUGUUAAACCUGCUUCUGCUCUUACCAUAGGACUUGUGCCCUAAAACCUAUUGUAUUCCAUGUGAUUUGAUUCACUCAUAGUAAUGAGAAAUAAUGUUGUGCAUUA